CCCCAUCAAUCCCGACGCCCCCCGCGGCUGCGUAAACGCUCUGGGAGCGCGACGCAUUGUGGGAAAUGUAGGCGACCCGUCCAGCAUGGAGAACGCUGCCGAAAGCUUGCACGACUGUGGGAAUAACUCAGACUUAGAGGAAGACAGGUCUUCAGAGGAAGACUUCGGUACUUCCAAACUCGGAACUAAAGAGUAUUGGGAGGAUGCAUACCAAAGAGAACUCGAGACAUUCAAAGACAUUGGAGAUGUCGGUGAGAUAUGGUUCGGGGAGGAGAGCAUGAGCCGUGUGCUGCGAUGGAUGGACAGAGCCAAGAUCCCAGAAAGUGCUUCAGUUCUUGACAUUGGCACUGGAAACGGGGCAUUCUUAGUUGAACUGGCUAAACAUGGAUACAGGAAUCUGACGGGUAUAGAUUAUUCUCCAGCAUCUGUGGAAUUGGCCAAAAAUGUUCUCGAAGCAGAGGAUUUGCCGAAUGUCACCGUGAAGGAGAUUGAUUUCUUGAACUGUCAAGGAGAGCUGAAGGGUUUUGAUGUCUGCAUCGACAAAGGAACAUUCGAUGCGAUCAGCCUGAAUCCAGUGAACACAAAGGAAGGAAAACAACUGUAUGUCCAAAGUCUAAAAGAUGCCCUGAAGGACAGAGGCUACUUUGCCAUCACAUCUUGUAAUUGGACGAAAGAGCAGCUGCUGGAGAGAUUCAGUGAAGGAUUUGAGUUUGUGCAGGAGCUGCCUACCCCCAGUUUCAACUUUGGAGGAAAGAAAGGCAACAGUGUGACGGCGCUCAUCUUCAUGAGAAAACACUGAUGAUUGUCUUAAGAAGAUGUUUCUUUUUGUUUUCACUCAGACCUGCAGCCUUUGUUUUGUUUUUGUGCCCAUUAAUUUGUCUCCUUUUUAAGCAAUACCUGUAUAUACAUAAAUCAUCAUUAAAAAAAUAGCUGUAAUGAAGCAAAUAUAAAAUGCUUUGGUGGAGCAUUUGUCUUGCAGUUUGUAAUUUUGCUUUGAUAUUUCUGUGAAAAUCUAUAUAUGCAUUAGUUUAUGAUUAUUCUUUCUGUAGGGUAUGGUAGUUUAGCAAAUGGUCUUGAGUAUAAUGCUAGAAACAAUACACUAAAAACCUUCAAUUAGCUGCUACACAGAUAACAUGAUUCAAUUCAGGCAAAUUUGUUUUUGUAACUUUCCACAUUGGGAUUGUUUUGUUUGUUUGUUUUUUCCAAUUUUAUGUGGCCUACAUUCCUCUCAUAAGUGAACUCUUUCAGCUUUUGCACCUCCUGACACCAACUUUGUUUGCAGCGUUUGAAAAAGCGACACAAAGUCAUUCAGAGAAUAGCUUUUUCUUCCAUUGGAUGCCUCGCUGUAUGUUUGCAUUUGGCACAACAAAAACAACAAACAUCUGUUUCGUAUGUGUUUAGGGUAUUUUCAAUAGUCUUGCAUCUCUUAAAUGGCAUUGCAGUGACCCUGUUGUGAGUCCUGACCCCUGGAAAACCAGUGUUCUGUCUUACAUGGUAGUUAAUUACAUUCAUCAUUCAUACCAGGCAAAGAAUAGCUUCGACCUAAUUGACUGAGCUGGAAACCAACAGCGCUUGGGGUCCUGCGCACCGUGAUUAAGAACUUCUGACACGAUGAAUAAAUAAGAGGCCACGGUUUCUGUGGGAGAGAAGCUUGUCUGCCAUUUCCUUUCUCAAUGGCAUCAUUAAUAACUGCCAAACUCCGGUUCCUAAUUGUGAGCCAGGCCUGUGGCCCAAUGGGAGCCGGCGAUGUUGAGGCGCAGUGUUGAGUAAACACAUGCAAGCUUUACAAGAAUUACUGCCUGGAAAUUUACAAGGCUCUGGAUAUCCUGCCUGGAUGUGCAUGCAAUGCCCACGUUUACAACUCAGAAAUUUUCCCAUGAAGUGAAAUGUCCUAUACCGAGCUCCAGCUGAAUAAAAAUGUGCCCUCUUUUUAA